AUGCCGCCCGUACGACCUCACCAUCAUAACCACAGCGUGGCUAGAAGCAACGAGCAGACUGAGCGGGAGAUGACUACAUCUGAACGCAGUCUUGUCGAUAGUUUUUUUGAAGAGCAUCAUUACGAAGCAGGAAUUGUCACCCUAGACCAACUUCGUUCAUCAUCAUCGAUGCCCUCACCCCCCUCACUAGAGGCUCAAGGAGAUGUCAAAAUCGCCCAAGGCGCAAAUACGGACCCUCCAAAACAACACUCCCAUUUACCCUCUCUAGCUGAUGUUGCAGCCGCCCAACGAUGUCUUCAAGCUUUUGGAGAGACAAACUCACCUCAAUCUUUACUCAGGGCUAUACCAUCGUACGACGGAUCGAAUAGCUCCCUCUCAGAGGGUGCAAACAGUGUUGAAGACGAAGAGGAGUCUUUCCUGUAUAAGGAAGCAAAACGGAUACAGAGCUGCAGAGGCUGCUGGCAACUGCUGAGAGCCGACUUUUUGCGGCCUGUGGGUGAUGAAGCGAGCAUUCCUAUCGAUGGACGCACCAAACACCGAACAAGAAACUCAGGCCAGAGUGACGAUGAUAUCUCGUCGACGGCGGUCGUUGGUCCAACUGCUUGGCCAGUCUUGGAGUGGUUGGUCUUCCUGUUCGAAAAGGAUGAGGAGAAUACAGCGGCUUCUGGACAAUCCCGCUAUUCCCCAUGUUUGUUGUCCCAUAUCCCCCCUGCCAGGACAAAAACGCGCGGAAAAGAGGACUUUUCAGCACCUUUAGACGUCGUGUUUUACUGCCUCAAUCAAGAAGAUCGUUGUUUACGGUCACUCGGGUCACGCCUGAUUCGGCUGGUGGUCAAUCUCACGUCCAGCAGCCUCGUGGAUAUUCACAUGCUGGUCCAGCUCAUCCGUGCGCGGGUCAUCGUUGAAUCGUCUGACCUUUCGCGCCUGCUUUCUGUCUUGGACGGAGACGCCACUACGGUCAGGACUUUCAAGAUCGCUCUAUGCUCAACCUACCUUUCCGAAUCGUCAUCCCGCACCACUCGAUCUGCACCCGGACGCGCUCGUGCAAACCCUCGUCGCGUUCCGAAACGCAAUCGCACGACAACUGAUAGCAAAAGUGGCGACGCCACGAGUGUUGCAGAAAUUAACCUGGCCCCUGCGCUCGACGCCCCUUUUGUCAGCAGAGGUUAUGAACUCCCACCUGCUUCCAGCAUCACUGAACUAGUGACACGUUCAUCAAACCCCGAGGACACCAAUUUCGGGAUCGCGAAAAUUGAGCUCAUCUCCAACUAUUCCAUACUCCAGCAGACCCUGGACUAUUCGGAGCGUAACGAGGAGUGGGUAGAAAUGCUGCGUGACGGGAAGGUCAUGAGCGCUGUGGAGAGUUCUUUCCGUGACGAGACAUCUGACAUUAUUGAGCAGCUACGGGGUAUCUGGUCCAGUACACUCUCUACUCCGUGA